AUGGAAUUGAGACAGAAAAUUGACCCUGCAAUCUAUGCAUCUGCAAACGUGUCCUGUUUAUCGCAUCUAGCGAAAACAGUGACUGCUAUUAAGGGAAAAUUGGCCCCUAGACAGCUAGCCAUGUUUAGRAAAACCAUAUUCGGUCAUUUGCUAGACGUCGACCUCGUUUUUAACGGGCCAUUGGUACACAAUAUAUUACUUAGGGAGGUUGAAGAUAGUACAGUGGACAGUAUUAGUUUCAACCUGUUUGGGAGGAAGGUGUCGUUUGGACGGAGGGAGUUUGACCUUAUUAGUGGCCUUAAGUCUGACCUUGUCUUGAGUGAUUUAGAAGACCUAUAUGAAGCCGCCCAGUUUCAGGAUGACUUCGAUGCGGUUAAGGUAUCCAUUGUUUACAUGGUCGAAAUGGUCUUGCUAGGGAGGGAGAGAACUGUGAAGUUCGACCAGACGCUGUUAGGAAUAGUGGAUGAUUGGGAGGUCUGCUGCAACUACGACUGA